AUGUUAUCUAUUCAAAAAAUUAAAGUUAUCAACGAAGACGAGUUCUGGCGAUCAGGUCAACUGAUACGCUCGACAGCUGCGAAUGCUAGUAACAAUUUAAGCAGUUCAACAAGUCCAGCAUAUUAUAACUCAAAACAAUCAUCAAAUUUUCCUCAUCAAAAUCAAAAUUCGGUCACGUCAGGUGCAGGCGAUAUCAUUGAUACAGAGCAUGGAUUCACGAUUCAGUUAAAUGCCAAACAUUUUCAACCUAAUGAUAUUCAGAUAACUUUACAUGACCACACUCUUAACGUUUUUGGUGAUCGUUUAGAAGACAGUGGUUUAGGAGAGCAGAAGUUACGUCGAAGUUUCACGAGGAAGUAUACAAUACCUUCAGAUGUGCGAAUUUCUUCUAUUUCAUCUUAUAUGACCAGUAAUGGAUUGCUAAUUAUCAAAGGUAGUCGAAAAGGUUGGAAAGAAACAGAUUUGAGGCAACAUUUGGCACCUAACAGCUCAGUGAUAAGCACUGUUUGA